AUGACGUUCGCAACCUCGUCAGCAUCGUCGUCGUCAUCAGCCUUCGACAGGCAGCAAACUGAAGAAGAGACGCUCCCCGAUUACCAUUCCAUCAACUACUACCCGGCCCACAUUGGCGAAGUACUUAAUUUUAAGUACCAGAUCAUCACUAAGUUUGGCUACGGCAUGUACUCGACAGUCUGGCUGUGUAGAGAUUUGCUGCAACAUCGUUAUGUUGUUCUUAAAGUUUUCAUCCGCAACUCAAUGUAUGGUUUUCAGGCGAAGCGUGAGCUGCAUGCUUAUAAACGCCUCUGCCAAGUCAAGACCGAUCAUCCAGGAAAGGAUUUCGUACGCAAUAUCCUUGACCUAUUUGAGGUUGAAGGGCCCGCUGGGCCUCAUACAUGCUUCGUCCAUAAGCCACUUGCUAUGAGAACGUCGGGACUUCAGCGUCUGCUUCCCAAUUACCGACUGACCACAGAUAUGCUGAGGGGUUUCUGCAUCCACCUCCUGCAUGCGCUGGAUUACCUCCAUACUGAGGCCGGCUUAAUCCAUACAGACAUCAAGGCAGCAAAUAUCCUUCUGGAGAACAAGGAUGAAGACAUGCUGGCCGAUAUGGAGAAGAAAGAGAUGGAGCACCCAAGCGAGUUCAAAGUUUUUGACGACCAGCGCAUAAUCAACAGAUCCCGACCCAUGCCUAGGCCGAAAUCGUGGGGCAUUCCGAUUCUUUGCGAUUUCGGAGAAGCGCGGUCUUCGGAGCGAAAAUAUGAUGACGACAUCAUGCCAGAGAUCUAUCGGGCUCCAGAACUCGCUAUCUGGAACCUUGGAGUUAUGAUAUGGGACCUCUACGAAGGAAAGUAUCUCUUCGAUAGUAGGGCCGAUGAAGACGAGCUAAGCAACAUCAAACACCUCUCGCAAAUCGUUGCGUACUUAGGACCUCCCUGCGAGUUCCUUAAGAGAAACGGGAACGGCUUCCUGUUCUUUAACAAGAAUUUUACUCGUCUCGGCACAUUAAUAGAUGCUAAAAUUCCACCAUUUUCCUUUGAAGCCGAGGAAGAGAAUCUAGAAGGACAAGACAAGGAGCUUUUGCGCAACUUUAUGAGGUUAAUGCUGUGCUGGUUACCGGAACAUAGAAAGACGGCAAAGGAACUGCUGGAGGAUGAUCCUUGGAUAAAUUUUAAAGAGCUUAAGUGUUCCUGUUGCAAUGAAUGGGGUUUCAAUUGA